UCCCAAAUGUAAUUAAAUUUAGUUGGUCAAAUUUAAAUAAAUUUCAUAGAUUAAACUAUUUAAAUAUUUUAUGUUAGACUCAUUAAAUAUAAAUACGUAUUACUCCUAAUUAGAUAUGUUUAAGUAAAGUGAAUUAAAUUUAAAUGUGUCAUAUCUAUGAAGGGCCUGAAUCAUUUUUUUGAGUGUAUUAUCAACAGCCUAAAGAAGAGACUGCCCGAACCGGACCUUGUCCAGAUGCUGAAACCGCUGGAUAAACGCUUUUGGCCACAGCAACAUAGCGCCCGUAUCCUAUAUGGGGAAACUGAGGUUCGAGCAUUGGCAAAAACACUGGGAGAACCGGCCCGAGAGGCUGUCGAGGAGUUCCGGGACUUUAAAUUGCAAAACAGAGCACCAGGGAAAACGCUUGUCAAACUUCAAACAGCAAGUCUGACCUACUUGCCGUCCUCAGCUGAGUGUGAGAGGGGAUUUUUUGCCGUGAAUUCUACUGACAGCAAGUAUCGCAACAAGUUGCGUGAACAAAGCCUCUCCUCGCUUCUCUUCGUGGAUCUGAAUGGACCCCCUUUGGAGCAAUUUGACCCUCUGCCUUUUGUAUCAUCUUGGAUUAAAGCCGGUCACCGACCCUCAACAUCCUGGGUUACAGGACGGAAAGCAAAGACAGAAGACCCCAGGCCUCUGUGGUCACUUCUGAUUUAAGGUCAAAAUGAAAUGCGAGAUAUUUCUCUUUCUUCAAUUAAUGAUCAUGGGUGCCUCAACAAAAGAAGUUACCUGUGAGGGUGAACAACUCCUCAAUGUUGACAUAGUAGUUGGAUAUCCAGGUAUUGCUCCACCUUAUAAACCCGGACACAUUUUAGUUUUCCGAUGCACAGAUGUGAACCUAAAGAUGUACGGCCAACGAACAAUUGAAUGCCUCUCAAGUGGAAAAUGGGAUAACCCAUAUCCAAAAUGUGGAGAUGUAACAUGUUUUCUGAACACAACAGAGAUCAACAUCAAAAUAGAGCGAUUCCCAGAUAUUGAGGGACCAAUCAAACCUGGACACAAGUUGACAUUUUCAUGCAAUGGACAAGGGCAGAAAUUAAAAGGACAGAGAGAAAUCACCUGUCUGUCAAAUGGAGAAUGGAGCAGCCCUUUUCCUAAAUGUGAAGAGGUAGUAUGUGUUGCAAACCUCACAGGGAAAAAGAUCAUUGAGUCCGAAGUUGCCAUCAUACCUGGACACACAUUAAAUCUUGCAUGUGAUGGACAAGGUCUGGUUUUGAAAGGACAGAGAGAAAUCACUUGCCUGUCAAAUGGAGAAUGGAGUAGUCCAUUUCCAAAAUGUGAAAUGAGAACUGAAUGUGGGCCACCACCAAACCAGGAAAAUGCAGAUACAACAGAAAUACCAAAAAAUGAAUACAGUUAUGGACAGAAAGUUGAAUACAUGUGCUUUAAUAAAUUCACAAUGUUAGGCUCCCCCUACUUGAUCUGUGCGCAAGGCGAAUGGAAAGGAUAUUUUACAUGUUUAAAGCCCUGUACAGUGACAGUGGAAGUACUGGAUGAAAGAGGUAUACAGCUGCGAUGGCGUGGACGGGAAAAGAUAUUCUCACCACAUGGGGAUAGAAUCGAAUUUAGUUGUAAGAGAGGCAAAUCUUCAAUAGGCCUAAUACAAACAUGUAAUGAUGGAGUGAUGAAUUUGCCUCUCUGUGUGUGACGAGGAGAAUAAAACAUCACUGAUGCAUACAACUGUAAAAAAUUAAACUUUUGUAACACUCUCUAUGAAGCCUGUAUUUAUAAUGUAUUAUAAAGGUAUUCCUAAUGCAUUAUAAUACAUGCAUAAUGCCUUAUAAACAACAUUAUAAUGUGAUGUAUCAUCUCAUGAAUAAUCGUAACCACACAGUAAUAUAUAACUAUUUGUGGUUAUACUAUUAACUAUUACAAAUGAUUUAUAACAAACAAUGAAUAUAAUUGUAUCCACUUAAGUUAUAAUGGAUAUAUUAAAAGUUAUAAUGCUGUUAUAAUAUUUAUAAGUGGUCUUUGUCUGCUUUAAGUAACAAAAGUUAAG